AUGGCGGAGGGAAGCCUGGCCUUUGAAGAGGACGCGCUCCACGGGAACAUCCGCGCGCCCGGAAUGAAAUUGCUCGGCGACCAGCCGUACCCGUGGUCCCCCACGCAGCCCUUCGAUGAGGAGAGCCCCGAGCCGCUGCCCGGCCCCUUCGGCGACCUCUCCCUCAAGACCUCCAAAAGCAACAACGACGUCAAGUGCUCAGCCUGCGAGGGCCUGGCCCUGACGCCGGACGCCAAGUACAUGAAGCGCAGCUCCUGGUCCACGCUGACCGUGAGCCAGGCCCAGGAGGCCUAUCGCAAGAGCUCGCUGAACCUGGACAAGCCCCUGGUGCCCCCGGAGAUCAAGCCGUCCUUGCGGCCCUGCCACUACCUCCAGGUGCCUCAGGACGAGUGGGCCGGGUACCCGCCCGGGGGCAAGGACGAGGAGAUCCCCUGCCGGAGGAUGCGGAGCGGCAGCUACAUCAAGGCCAUGGGCGACGAGGACAGCGGGGAGUCUGACUCCAGCCCCAAAACGUCGCCCACCGUGGCCAUGCGGCCAGAGCCCUUGCUCAAGUCCCUGGGACCGAGGCCUCUGGGAGGGCUGCAAACCCAGAGCUACCUGCAAGCCGCCAGCGACGGGCCCGCCGGCCACGGCCUGGACCCCUCUGCCAACUACAACUCCCCGAAGUUUCGCUCCAGGAACCAGAGCUACAUGCGGGCGGUCAGCAUGCUGAGCCAGGCCAGCUGUGUGAGCCAGAUGAGCGAGGCGGAGGUCAACGGGCAGUUCGAGUCGGUGUGCGAGUCCGUCUUCGGCGAGGUGGAGUCGCAGGCCAUGGACGCCCUGGACCUGCCCGGCUGCUUCCGGACGCGCAGCCACAGCUACCUGCGCGCCAUCCAAGCCGGCUACUCCCAGGACGACGAAUGUCUCCCCGCGCUGACGCCCUCCCACGUCACCUCCACCAUCCGGUCCACGGCAGGCGGCCAGAGUGCCGAGGAGGGCAGUGCCGACACCGCCACCACCCGGCUGACCCGGAACAAAAGCAGCCUUGCUUCUCCGAACCCGGAGAAUCAUGCCUUGACCGGCCCGUGCCCAACCGUGUGCCUGGGGAGGCGGGUCCACGCCAUCCUGGCAUCCAAGGCCGAGGAGUUCCUCCGGAGCCGGCUCACCUCCAUCGGGGUCCAGGUGGAGACCGCCACGGACUCGGACACGGAGAGCCGCGGCCUGCGCGAGUACCACUCGGUCGGCGUGCAGGUGGAGGACGAGAAGAGAGAUGCGCUGAGUGCGUGGCACGGGGCAGUCACCGUCGGGGACCCGGCUGACACGGGGCCGCCUGAGUUUCCCUCCCGCGUGGGGAGUGAGCAGCAUUCAGCCGGCAGGCGGCUUCCGAGCGCUCAACUCAGAGUUUUGAGCCCCGUGACGGAGGGGCGCUGCUUCUCCUCCUUAGAACCGGCGCCCGGGGUACCGCUCGUGCUCUGUGUCCUGGUCGCGGCUUCUCAGCGCUGUCUGUGUUUGUGCCCCGCAGUCCUCGGCAAGAUCCGGAGCGCCGUCGGCAGCGCCCAGCUCCUCAUGUCCCAGAAGUUCCAGCAGUUUUACUGGCUCUGCCAACAGAACCUGGACCCCAGCGCCAUGCCCAGGCCCACCUCCCAGGACCUGGCGGGCUACUGGGACAUGCUGCAGCUCUCGGUGGAGGACGUCAGCAUGAAGUUCGAUGAGCUGCAGCAGCUGAAGCUCAACAACUGGAAGCUCAUGGCGUCUCCGGAGAGAAAGGUGAGCGAGCGAAGGCCCCCGCGCGGCCCCGCAGGCCCCCUGCACCAGUGCAGAGCCUGCAUGGCACCGGGUGUUUGGUUGGUCAUGCAGGAUCAAAUGAACUUCCUGGUUCAAGACCAGACCUUUGAACUUGAUUGA